AUGGUUAAAAUGUACAAGGGCGAAGUUCUUGGAAAAUUGUCAAUGAUGCAACAUUUUAUGUUUAGAUCUCUGAUACAUUUUGAAGAAAGUGCUUCUUCACAAAAUCAUGAACAUGAACAUGAGCGUGUUCAUGCUUUUGAUGGUUAUUGUCAUUGA